GUUCAGGCCCUCCACCAACGCCGCUCUCAAUAGGUUGAAAUUGAAACAUAAGGUGUCUGAGCCAAUAAAAGAAGUCUCCUUGGAUGGAGUGGAAGUGCAAGAUCCUGACUGGUUUUUGCUGUAUCAACAAAUUCUUGAUGAUCUUGAUGCCACUUUCAACCAACUGAAAAUCUUCGUAUUGUUAUCCAACCUG